AUGAAAGUCAUUCUAGAAAAUGGCAAAUAUGCCAACGUUGCCCCCAAUUCAAACAAUACACAGACAACGAGUUCAAUGGAGAGAAACGAUGAAGCAAUUGUUGAAAACAAGUCAACCUCUUCCAAGAAAAAUUCAAGCGUGAGCAACAACGCUAAAAAUAAAUUGAUGUUGGUUAUGCAAGAUUAUAAGGAUGGCCAGAUUACUCGCAAGCGUGAAUAUUACAGCGAAGGAAAAUCGAAUGAGCCCAUAAUCAUUUUGAACAAAGUUGGAAAUGACAAAUAUAUCAAAGAUUCAGAAAAUAUAUCUGCUAUAAAAUCGGCGAGGGUUACAUCUUCAGAAGUAUCCAAGCCAACAACUCUGAAACACAACUCACGAAAGUUAGUUUUUAAGAGUUUUCUUUACCCCAACGUCAAACCUGCUAAUAGCCAAUCAAGAAAUACAUAUAUGAAGGGGUUAGAUGGUAGGGGAGGUAGCAAUAAGAAAUCUAAGAUUUUUAAAACUCUCAAGUACGUGGAUAGGUCAUUGUUGGUAAAUGACCAAAGCAACGUGAAGCCAACAUUUAAAAUAACAAGACCUCCAAUACUAGAACAGAAAAGGCCCGAUCAAGCUAGUCUUAUGGGACUUUUCCCUAGUAAACUAAACAAAUAA